AUGGAAAAUCAAAGAGAAAGAUCCUAAGCAUUAUUUACACCACAUAAGAUGGGAGAUUUGGAGCUCCCCAACAGAAUUGUAAUGGCUGCUUUAACGAGAUGUAGAUGUGAUCCAUCUAAUGGAAUACCAACUGAUUUGCACAAGGAUUAUUACAGCGCCAGAGCUGAUUCAGCUUUUAUCUUAACAGAAUGCUCAGCAAUAAGGCCAGAUGGAAAUUGCUUCCCAGGAUCAACUGGCAUAUACUCAGACGAGUAAGUAGAGGGAUGGAAGAAAGUAAUUGAUGAAGUCCAUGCUAAGGGUGGUAGAAUUUAUCUCUAGAUUUGGCACUCAGGAAGAGCAGCACAUCCAGAUCAUAUUGGAGGUUAAACUCCUAUAUCUUCAUCAGCAAUAGCGAUUAAUGGCACAGUCCAUACUCAAAGCGGAAGAGUAACUCAUGUUACUCCAAGGGCUGUUACUGUUGAAGAGAUUAAGGAGUUGAUCAAAGUGUUCAGGCAAGGAGCUGAAAAUGCCAAGAAAGCAGGAUUUGAUGGUGUUCAAUUACACGGUGCUCAUGGAUAUCUUGUAGAUUAAUUCCUUAGAAAUGGCUGCAAUUAAAGAGAUGAUGAGUAUGGAGGUUCUAUUGAAAACAGAGCUAGAUUCUGCCUAGAAGUACUUGAUGAGCUCAUCGAAGUCUUUGGUGCUGAUAGAGUUGGUAUCAAGCUAUCUCCAGUCUGUGACUACAAUGGAUUGGCUGAUUCUGAUCCAUUUGCAUUGAUUGAAUAUCUUUUUGGAGAGUUUAACAAAAAAGGCAUUGCUUUCGUCGAAGUAAACGAGGCAACCACUUUGGAUCCAGCAGACGCUUAAGAGAAGAUCGAUAAAGUAUGGGCUAAUCAUGAGAAAAAAACAAUCAGAGAAAAUUUCAGACAUUUAUUUAAGGGCACUUUUAUCGGAAACAACUAACUUGACUUUGAUAAGGCAACUAAUCUAAUUGAAAACAAUAUUACCGAUCUUUGUUCAUUCGGUACUUUUUACGUUUACAACAAUAAUCUCGUAGAUAGAUUCAGAACUGGAGCUCCACUGAAUGGAGUCCACAACGUAAAAGAUCUAUCAAAGCUCUAAGCGGUAUAUCUUUAUGGAAACACUGCUCUUGGAUAUUCCGAUCUCACUCCCUACUCUCCUGAUCAAGAAUGA